GCUGUCCUGGAACUCUCUUUGUAGAACAGGCUGGUCUCAAACUCAAAGAUCCACCUGCAUCUGCCUCCAAGUGCUGGGAUUAGAAGCAUUCACCAACACACCUGGCUAGGGAAAAGAUAUUAAUGAUUCUAACUCCAGGAAAAUCUAUUUCCCAUUGCUGUUUUUAACAAUAAUUGUAAAUUUUGCAGUUAACUUUGUUUUUCUCUAAGAAAGAUAAAAGCAAUUUUUAACAUACAUAAAGCAACAAGUGUGUAACUUGAUAUGCACUUUGCUAACUGACACAUUCCCUCAUUCAUUUCAAAUAAUCCCUACACCAUCUUUAAGUUUAAUAUGUUUGCACAUGAAGGGGCCAGCUAAGAAUUAAUAAAGGAUACUCUCAUGUAACUAAUACUGAAAAGAAAUAUGCUCAUUCUUCCUGCAUGAAAAUUCGAAUAUAAUAGAAAAGAGAAUAAUCCUAAAAUAAAAUCUACUUCUCAUAGGAGAAGUUAAUGUAACCUGCAAACAAUUCAAAACUCAAAAUUAUAAAUAACAGGAGUGUAUUCAAACAUAUUUUCAAUGAACAAAAGUACCCUUUGAUUACGGUGUGCUUGUUUCGAAGAAGCGGUAAAAAAAAAUACAAAAGAAUUGAAAACAGGGUCUCCAAGAAAUGUUUGUACAUCUGCACUGGUAUCAGCACUAUUUACAAGAACCAAGAGCCAGAGAACCCAAAUGCCGAUGGAUAGUUGAAUGGACGCACAAGAUGCGGUGUGUAUACGCAACGGAAUCAGUCACCACUAAGAAGAAAAGAAAUCCUGUAAUAUGUUACAGCACUGAUGAGUGUUCAGAACAUUAUGAUAAGUUGAAGAAGCCAGAUUCAAAACAAUGCAAAACAAAGAAACCAACCCCAGAGCAACAAAUCCUAACAAAUCCUGUAUGAUUUCACUUACACGGUAGUAAAACUUACAGAAACCAGAAGUAGAAUGAAUGGUGGUUACCAUGGUCAAGGAUGGGGAAACUGGAAUUGCUGUCUAAUGUGUAUGCAUUUUCAGCUUUCCAAGAGGAAGAGGAGUUUUGAAACAAUGUGAAUAUACUUAGCACUACUAAAGUUUACCCUUGAAGUUAAUACGGUAAACUUCUCAUUUACAGUUAAUACGGUAAAGUUCGAACCUGCUUAGCCACAGGGUGUCGCUGUCCACCAGAGAAUAUUCUCUAGGAAGGCAAAAUACCCAGAGCUUCUUUGUUACUCCAGAUAAAACGGCAGGAGAAGCAGCAGGAUUUGAGCAGGUGUUAGACUAUUUGUUUUUAAACAUGAUCAUUUAAUUUGACCAACUCACGGAGCACUAGAAGUGAUGCCUUCUUUGAGAGGGGGCCCAGAGGUCAGGCAGUGUCUGCUGCUCUUGCUUCCUUUCCUCGCAGCCUGGGAGGCAGGGAGCGGCCAGCUCCAUUACUCCGUCCCCGAGGAGGCCAAACACGGCACCUUCGUGGGCCGCAUCGCUCAGGACCUGGGGCUGGAGCUGGCGGAGCUGGUGCCCCGCCUGUUCAGGGUGGCGUCCAAGGACCGCGGGAACCUUCUGGAGGUAAAUCUGCAGAAUGGCAUUUUGUUUGUGAAUUCUCGGAUCGACCGGGAGGAGCUGUGCGGGCGGAGAGCGGAGUGUAGCAUCCACCUGGAGGUGAUCGUGGACCGGCCGCUGCAGGUUUUUCACGUGGAGGUGGAGGUGAGGGACAUUAACGACAACCCGCCUCUAUUUCCAACGACAGAAAAAACUAUCCAAUUUCACGAAUUGAGGCCGCUUGACUCGCGAUUUCCUUUAGAGGGAGCAUCGGAUGCAGAUAUAGGAGUAAACGCUCUUCUGUCCUACAAGCUCAGCCCCAGUGAGUUUUUCUUUCUAGAUGUACAAACAAAUGACGAUCUAAGCCAAUCGCUGUUUCUUGUGCUGCGGAAAUCUCUGGACAGAGAGGAAAAUGCUGAGAUGAAAUUGUUACUGGUAGCUACCGAUGGAGGCAAGCCUGAACUCUCGGGUACUGUUCAAAUACUCAUUAAGGUGUUGGAUGUGAAUGACAACGAACCUACUUUCCCCCAACCCGUUUACAAAGUACAGUUGUUCGAGAACACUGCAAACGGAACCUUGGUGGUUAAAUUAAAUGCUUCUGAUGCAGAUGAAGGAUCAAACAGUGAGAUUGUGUAUUCACUCAGUAGUGAUGUAUCCUCUACCACACGGACAAAGUUCCAAAUAGACUCCACCUCAGGAGAAAUCAGAACUAAAGGGGAAUUAGAUUAUGAAGAAAGGACAUCCUAUGAAAUUCAGGUCAUUGCGUCUGACAAGGGAACCCCAUCAAUGUCAGGACAUUGUAAAAUUUCAGUAAAACUUGUGGAUAUCAAUGACAAUAGACCAGAAGUCUCAAUAACGUCUCUCUCACUACCUGUCCAAGAGAAUGCUCCAGUGGGCACCGUCAUCGCACUCAUCAGCGUGUCUGAUCGAGACUCAGGUGUCAACGGGCAGGUGACCUGCUCCCUGACCCCUCAUGUCCCCUUCAAGUUGGUGUCCACCUUUAAGAAUUACUAUUCACUUGUGCUAGACAGCGCCCUGGACCGUGAGACUACAGCUGACUAUAAGGUGGUGGUUACAGCCCGGGACGGGGGCUCGCCCUCGCUGUGGGCCACAGCCAGCGUGUCCGUGGAGGUGGCUGAUGUGAACGACAACGCGCCCGUGUUCGCACAGCUGGAAUACACGGUGUUCGUGAAGGAGAACAACCCGCCUGGCGCGCACAUCUUCACGGUGUCGGCCAUGGACGCUGACGCGCAGGAAAACGCGCUGGUGUCCUACUCGCUGGUGGAGAGGAGGGUGGGCGAGCGCUUGCUGUCCAACUAUGUGUCUGUGCACGCGGAGAGCGGCAAGGUGUUCGCACUGCAGCCUCUGGACCAUGAGGAGCUGGAGCUGCUGCAGUUCCAGGUGAGCGCGCGGGAUGCUGGUGUGCCUUCCCUGGGCAGCAAUGUGACUCUGCAGGUGUUUGUGCUGGAUGAGAACGAUAAUGCACCCGCGCUGCUGCCUCAUGGAGCUGUGGGAACGGGAGGGGUUGUGAGUGAGUUUAUUCCUAGGUCAGUGGGUUCGGGACACGUGGUCACCAAGGUGCGUGCAGUGGAUGCCGACUCUGGUUACAAUGCUUGGCUCUCUUACGAACUGCAGUCAUCCGCAGGCAAUUCUCGUAGCCUGUUCCGCGUGGGUCUGUACACGGGCGAGAUCAGCAUCACACGCACACUGGAUGAAGCAGAUGCGCCGCACCAGCGCCUGCUGGUGCUGGUGAGGGACCAUGGUGAACCUGCGCUGACUGCCACAGCCACAGUGCUAGUUUCUCUGGUUGAGAAUAGCCAAGCUCCAAAAGCAUCAAAAGCGUUGGUAGGUGCCAUUGGCCGAGAGACAUCACUAGUGGAUGUCAAUGUGUACCUGAUCAUCGCCAUCUGCGCGGUGUCCAGCCUGUUGGUGCUCACGCUGCUGCUGUACACCGCGCUGCGCUGCUCGGCGACGCCCACUGAUGGAGCCUGUGCUCCUGGGAAGCCCGUGCUGGUGUGCUCCAGCGAGGUGGGGAGCUGGUCAUACUCACAGCAGAGGCGGCAGAGGGUGUGUUCUGGAGAGGGCCCGCCCAAGACUGACCUCAUGGCCUUCAGCCCCAGCCUAUCCCAAGGUCCGGAAUCAGCAGAGGAGAGACAGCCACCCUUAGAGCCAGAAUUCUUAGCAAAGCCCCGACAGCCCAACCCUGACUGGCGUUACUCUGCCUCGCUAAGAGCAGGCAUGCACAGCUCUGUGCAUCUGGAAGAGGCCGGCAUUCUACGGGCUGGUCCAGGAGGGCCUGAUCAGCAGUGGCCAACAGUAUCCAGUGCAACACCAGAACCUGAGGCAGGAGAGGUGUCCCCUCCAGUGGGUGCUGGGGUCAACAGCAACAGCUGGACCUUUAAAUACGGACCAGGCAACCCCAAACAGUCCGGUCCCGGUGAGUUGCCAGACAAAUUCAUUAUCCCAGGAUCUCCUGCAAUCAUCUCCAUCCGGCAGGAGCCUGCUAACAACCAAAUUGACAAAAGCGACUUUAUAACCUUCGGCAAAAAGGAGGAGACCAAGAAAAAGAAGAAAAAGAAGAAGGGUAACAAGACCCAGGAGAAAAAAGAGAAAGGGAACAGUACAACCGACAACAGUGACCAGUGAGGCCACCAAACGGAAACAAGCCACUUAGCCAAUUUUUGUAAUAAUGGCAAAUCUCUCCCAUGUAGCAACUCCCUGCUCCUUUUUCCUAUGAUAUGAGCCCUCUUAGAGACCUCAGAAAUCUGCAGAAAGUUCCCUGUGUCUGUCUUGAUCACAUUUAACAGGUUUUGUCUUGAAAAAAAAAAAAAAAAAAAAAAGCUUUCCUAAGUCUGGUGUUAACUCUUUCUCUCCGCUCUGGCUUGUUUUCAGAACCUAAAAAGCAGACCCAAGUUUCCUUUCUCCUCCGCCGCAAAGGAGAGCCUUCCCAGCCCCGCCAGUGAGAGUUGGACUCUCUGCCCUGUGCUUCAGGCAUCUUGAUGACAUUUGCAGGGCAGGCUGAAAGGUAUUCAGGUUGAGCAGCUUGGGUGUUUGUUGUCACUGGGUAUGUGUAGCUACCAUGAGUGUUCAAGAGCCUGAUAUUGGUUGGGGUGGUCCAGGUUAGACUAGUUGACGCAAGAAGGGCCGGGAAACAAAGACACAGAGACAUUGGGAGGGGGAAAUGUGAAACUGAAAGGGACCAGACUUUCUCAAUUUCUUAAUUUGAGGUGUGGUGGGCAUCUUCUAGCUGACAAAACCACCCCCACUGACGAAGCUUUAGGGGUCCCUCAAGUCUGUUGGCUGUAGUACCACUAUACUGGAAACCUGCUUUAUGCACACAAGCCAGAAGUUCAAGUGUCUGACAGAGAGUCAGCCAGGGCAACAGAAGCAGAUCUGAUGUGUUUCCUAUACAUGUCCUUGUGCUCACGCUAUUAAAAAUUCUUUUGCACACAAUGUUUAUGAAAAGGACACAUCCUUGUCCAACAACACAUAUGCAAAAGCAAAAGAAAAAAACCCCAACACCUCACUUUAUGCUGUUUGUUGUUUGAUAGAUUUAUUAAAAAAGAGAAAGUCUAUAGCUAUAAAUCUUUAAAGAAAUAUGAAUACAAUUCCCCCAACUCCCCUCAAAAGAAUCCAGUCUACAGCCAUUUAAAAUGAUCAUUGCUGCUACAGAAGUGCUUUAAGAGAAUUGCCUGGAACAUCUGUAUUAUACUAUACCGGCCACCUGCCAAUCACAGCUUUACUCUUUCAGGUCACUCUGGGGCUGCCUCUUGCAUGUAUUAAUUACUAAAUAAAAGGACCUUUCUCUCUCUCUUUUCUAAGAAAAAUGAUGUGCACUUUGAUUACACAACCUUCUCUAACCCACUCUAUCAAGACCCAGAAACUGAAGAAAAAUAUCGUUUUCUCAUACAUACAGUGAGCAGAUUUUUCAUUCCUCUGAUCCUGUGAUUGUCUUGGUGUGCUAGCCUACACCUUCGCCUUGUUUAGUUUUCCUUUUCUAUAACACUCUGAAUUGCUAACCUUACUAACACCUAUGAUGUUACCUGAAUCAAUCUCCCAUAUGUAUGCUGUAUGCUAUUAUAAGACUCCUGAGAUAUACUUACUCUGUGCUUGUGUAUGUGAAUGUUAAUGCAACUAUUACCUAGAGUGAACUUUAAGCUUUAUUGUUGAAUGUAAGCCCAUUAUAUUUCCUUUUGUACACCUGUGGAAAAGUGAAAUAGUGUUUUUUUUUUUUAAACCAUUGUUAAUCAGCUUUUGUGUAUGAAAGACACAGUAAAAUUUCUUUCUUAAAUCAA